AGGGCACAUGCGCACAACGCGCGCGAUUGAUUUAUAGGCGUAGGGAGGGGUGAUAUGUCUACGUGCGCGCGCGUGCACGAGUCAGGAAGAGGGAGGGGGAGUGGAGCUAUAUGUGGAUGUUGCCAUAUACAUUGACUACAUGCAGGGAUAUAUAAGUUUAAGCUUUGUUGCUUUGUCUUCACAAAAUUAGAAAAAUAUUCUAUGAAAAACAGGUAAAAUACGCGCGCACAUUAUAUAUAUAGGCCACGCACGCACACAUUCCAGCGUAUGGAAACAGUGCAAAUAGAGGUCGUAUUUGUUAGUGUGGACUUCUGGAAUGGAAACAAGCAAAGCAUUUCAGUGUAUGAUUAGUAAAUAGAAUGUUUAUUGCAAAAAAUACAAAUACAUAUAUAUUUUUUUUUAAUGCAUGGGUUUGCUCCAUGCGCAGCUAUCAAGAAAUUUAAGCGGCUGCAGGGCCUGCAAGGACGUGAUGUUUUCGUUCAACAUGUGAAAUCGUUGCAGACAUCGAGGCCUAUGACUGGUAUCCAUAAACUAGGUUUCCUCUGCACCACAGCAACAGCUGCAUGGCUCUUUGUUAAAAGCGUAAACAGUCAAAACAACAAGAAAACUAGCUUUAAACAAAAACCUUUGCCCAAACUGCACAUGUUUUAACUAUUUAUUGCACAUUUAGGUGGAAUGCAAAAGACAUAAGCCUUACUGCACUUUUGGAGUGCACAAAGGCAACCGGUUUGACAACAGAGUUGGCGUACAUUUAUUUAUUUGCAGGAUGGUUUUGCAUGAAACAGCAAAAAUCCUAAUUCAAAGUACCUCACAAAACCAAACAGCUGUAAGAAAACACCUCAGCCUUUUAUAGCUUAAAAGGCGGUAAAGUAAAAUAAGGGAUUCAUUUGCGAUCCCUUAACCAGACAGGAAAUUAGCUGGUUAAGGGGAGUUGCGAAAAUCUUGCAACUCGAGUAAAAAAAAUAAAUAAAAAAAAUUAAAAAAUUAAAAAAGCUAAUAAUUUCAUAAACUGGUGAAAUAGUCAUUUUUGCUGCAUACCAUUAAACGCGGGCAACUUAACAAAAAAAAAAAACAUGAUAUCGCAGUUAAUUUUCAGUUUUCCUUUAACAAAGCGGACAAUAGUGACCACGAUGGACGCUUGCCUGCCAAAAAUGAACAUAUAAAAGAAUGAUUGCAUCAAAGUGACUAUUUUUACCUGUUUUUCGGGAACAAAAAUCUUCUAAAAUUUUCCGAGCUUUACUAUCUGUCCUAGACUCGUCUAUUUUUUUUAAUAAAAAAUAAUUUUUAUAAUGUUUUUCUGCCUUUUUCAGGGAUAAUACGACUUUUAGGGGGGCUUGGUUGAAUAAUAUGUAAUAUAUUGUAAUGCACAAAAGGCCUCCCCAUUCUAAUUCAGAGUCUGCAAUGGUGUCAUUUCCUCCAGACGCCCCUGGUUUUUUGCUGGGGAGGUUAGAGGCCAAGCCCAGGCGGUAGCGGCCUGUCUGUGGACCCAUUGUCUGCUGCUUAUUUAGCGCUCAACAUUAAUCUGCGCUUCCCCUCACAAGUGAGAAACAAUCGCAGCGUGAGAGUGGCCUGUCUAAUUACACCUUUCACUCUCAACUUGCCACUGUUUGGACUGGACGCACAGAAGCGGUGGGUCGUGGUCAGGUAAUCAAAAUCCAAAUGUUUGAGGUUCGGAAAUAAGAUAUGCAUUUUUAACUUCACGAUGAAGCUAUUGCUCUAAUAUUGUUUAAAAAAAACUAAAUACUGGACACAUAUAAGUUAGCUAAAAAAAAAAAACAAUUGCAAAAAUAACAAUACCUGUACUCUUUAUAAACAAAGCAGCAAUCAAAAGGGCGAAAGCAUAAAAUGCGAUUUUUUUUUUCCUGCAAAGCUAGCCAAAUGUGACGAGAGUAGUUUCAUAUGCCAAAAUUUCAAAUAGAAACAGCUAAUAUUAGAAAAAAAAACAUUCAAGCAAUAAUAAAACAAUGCUAUAAGAUCACAUCCAUCAAAGUAAGCACAAAACAUGUCAAGCCCAAGGUAGCGUUUUAGAAAAUAUACACGUUCCCCAAAUCAAAUUUGCAAACAAAAAUAAAAGAGGAAAAGAUGUUUAAAAGCACAACGCACGCAUUUUGAUAGUAAAGAAUUAACUCAGUCACUCUCACCGCCGCUCUUUCUGCAGAUUCCACCUUAUUGACGCAAACCGUCCCGGCUCCAAAACGCCAGAGGAGCACCGUCCGUCCUCACUGAUUGGGGGAGAAAAGCACAGAAAACUCGGCUUUGGAGGUGGUCAGCAAAGUUACUCAAAGUUUUGUCUUUGGCGCGACUCCGGAUCCCGAGCGGCGCGCACAAAACAGUUUGUUUGCAUCACUGAUUUCUUUUAAAGGGAUAUGGACCCUGUUCUGGGGCGACCGCAGGCGUCACGGCAGGAGAAAGCAAUCACAUUUAAAAUACUAAAAGCACAUCAGUGUUGGCUAUUCUGGCCAUCGUGCUUUAAUUAUCACGCUUUUUUUAGUUGCAUAUAAUGAGAUGAAGUGACGCCAUUUCGCAGGAAACAAACACAUAUAAAGAAAAGUCGUUAAGUUCAAUGAUCUAGUAAAUGUUAAUAUAGUGACAUGAUGGCUUAGAAAUCCAAUAUUGUUUUACUUCAUCUCCAAAUGUUGAUUUUUACGCAUAAUCCACACCAGAUUGACUUUAUGUAAAGCGUUUUUGUUUAAACUAUAAACAUCUUCAUUUUACCACAACUGUUACAAGUGGGCCUAAAUUCAACAAACAGCACCUCACUUCUACGUUAUACACCAGGAUAUGUUGCAUCCCCCCAUAAAUAGGUCAGGUGCAGAAUUAGUUUUGAUUUAGGCACAUUUUCAACUGUUAAUCAGCUGAUGAGUAUUUCUAAUUUUCAUCUACAAAAGUCGCCAUAAUUAAACUUCACAUCAUUCAUAUAUGUUCUGGGGCAUAUUAAACCAAUGAAAAUCCGAUUUCCUUGUGUGUUAUUGAGAUUGUUAAACCCCGGGGAUCCUCGUGGCUGAGCAUGUCAACCCUACCGUUGUUUUUGUUUUUCUACUCACAAUGCACAUUUUCUCAAAGUCCUGAGAAAAAAUAAAGUACAACAUGUCAUGAAAUACUGGGUGUAUCUGUGUGCAUGCACCGGAUUCAAAUUAGGCUUUCCACCUCGUACAUGUUCAGGGCUCUUCCCCUUUUACUAGGGCGAGGAUGGGGCGUUUGUAGACUGCUCCGUAGUCUGCGUCAUGUGGCCCAGUUUCUGCCGUCCUAUUGGUCAGAGGCACGUGUCUGGGAGGAGGGUGGGAGAACGUCACUCGGGGGGCUCGCAUUGAAAAUAAGAACAAAACUCCAGAGUGAGAGUAUUAGAGCAUCAGUUUAGGAGCCUCUUUAUUUACCCUUAGUUUAGUUUAGGUGUAGGCAUUCCCGAGGACGCACAAAUCGGAUGGUGGUAUAAAUUUGGAUGGUGCGCAAAUGGCAAGCGCUUUAGCUCUAAGAUAUCACUUGUAACCCGAUUUUAAGGGAAUAUAUGAGACAAAUUAUGCUUUUCUCAAAGGACACUACGGCAAGGCUUUGCGUGGUGUCCAAGGCACUCACUGGUAUCUGAGUUUAUUUAUUUUACCCGUGCAGUUUUUUGGGGGGUAAUUUCCCUCAAAGUUCUUCGCAAAAUUUAUUUCUGCGGAGGGAGCGACAAAGGGGUUAAAGAGCAUAAAGUGGGGGAAAGUGAAUCAGUAUGGAAGAAAAUGAUCACGGCAACAGAGAUGCGGUGGAGCGACAGGAGUCCGCGGAUGAAUCCAAUAGAGCCAUCCUCCCCCUGCUACAGGCGCCGGGGAACCUGCAGAUCCCGCACCGGGUCACCAAUUUUUUCAUCGACAACAUCCUCCGGCCGGACUUCGGACGCAAGAAGGACGUGAGCGCUCACCGCGAUGAGAGCAGCCCAGCGUCGCGGGAGAGCCGCGGCAGCCCCGCCGCCCCUCAGACUGAGCCGGUGGGCAGCACUGUGCCAGCGGAGGGGACCUCCACUCCACACACAGUCACCGGGCCCAAGAAGCCCGCGAAAGCCGCCGAGGAGUCCCUGAAACCGAGCGGGGAGAGCGGAGACCAGUGCCUAAGCUCAGACUCAGACAGUUCCCAAGCCAGUUCCAACCCAUCCAUGUCGCAGCCCAUGUUGUGGCCAGCCUGGGUCUACUGCACCAGAUACUCGGACAGGCCUUCUUCAGGGCCAAGAUCUCGCAAACCAAAGAAGAAAUCGACCAGCAACAAAGAGGACAAGCGACCACGGACGGCCUUCACAGCAGAGCAGCUGCAGAGACUAAAGUCGGAGUUCCAGACCAACCGGUACCUGACGGAGCAGAGGCGGCAGAAUCUGGCGCAGGAGCUGGGUCUGAACGAAUCCCAGAUCAAGAUCUGGUUCCAGAACAAAAGGGCCAAGAUCAAGAAGGCCAGCGGCACCAAGAACAGUCUGGCCUUGCACCUGAUGGCGCAGGGACUCUACAAUCACGCCACCGUCACGUCGAAAGACGAGAAAUCAGACAGCGAUUGAUUCCCAGAGAAGUAAACAGCAGCCUCCUGACGAAAAAGAACCUAUAGUAAUCCUAUGAUAGAUUUAUAUAGAGAUUAAAACUCUACUUACAGGAAUAUUUAAUGUUACCACUGCAGAUACUUUAUCACUCACCAUGGAUGUACACAAUGGCUCCAAGAAACCAUAACAAAUGAAUAGAUUCCCUACACGAAUUUCUAACCCAACCAUAGGCCUCUAUAGGUUCCUAUGGGAAUAUUAUAGUGAUUUUUUUCGUUAUAUGGGAGGUGUAAUCAAGCCUACAAUGCAAUAAUAUGAUCGAAUAAAGGGCCAGUGUAUAGCCUUUACCAGCAUAAAUUGUUUUAAAAAAAAAACAGAGAUAUUUCUGCAAUAUCACGUCUAUAAAAUAUGUAUAAAGGUACGUUUUCAUUGUUUUUGUCGUCCCCGCCCCCUUCCCGGGGCUACAAAUGCUUACACUCUCCAUUUUUAUAAGCCGUAUAAGGAUUACUGCUAUCCAUGAUUGUCAUCGUGUUACAUUUUAACUAACUGGCACUUGACGUUUUUACUUGUCAGUAAAGUGGGAAAUUAAUAAAAAGAAAAAGAAAAAAAAAGAAAAACUGAAGUCCAAAGAAUAUUUUUCUGCUGCAUCCAGGCUACUGUGAAUUUAAAUAUGCUAACAAGGUUUUUCUAAUGCCAUGCUCGCUUGGUUUUCUUGGUUGUUUUCUGCGUGCAAAGUGGACAGCGAAAUUUGUUAGGGCUAAUUGGGCACUGCAUUAUUAUUUUUUUUAAUUAUUUAUUUAAUUUUGUCCCCCAAGCGUUGUUGUUGUAAUGCAGUUUGUUGGAAGUGACCAGUGGCGUUUCUUGCAGGAAUGGCACCCUGGGCGAGGUUGUCCUUUGGCCACCCAAUACAUGUAUAAAAAAGAAAACCCACACCCAAAACCUAUUUUACAGAGAAUGUUUUUAUUAUAUAAUUUAGCAGAAUCAUUUAGAGAUACACAUACUGAACCUAUAAUUGAUCUACAUUUUUGUGUUGUUAUGUUUGUUUAGAACACAAAGAGUUGGGGAUGCACCGAUCGAUUGGCCAUACAUCAAAAUUGCAUUUUUUUUUUUUUUUACUUAAACAGCUCUAAUCUUUGAUCUGCAAAUUUGUGUCUGUAAACACAUCAACUAGCAGUGUGUACUCUGAUGCAGUUGUCUUUGGUUCAAAAUCAAGUUAAGGUUAGUUAUAUAUUCUUCAUGCAUAAAUUGCAAUAAUUUUGUACUGUCAACAUUUGCUGUUUGAAUUAAGACUACACCUAUCAAAGAAGCUGCAAAACAUUUUAUUUUCUCUUUGAUGUGUCUUAGUUUGUUGACAUAAAAAAAAUCAGAAUUCAUAAAAAUGAGAAUUAGCACCUCAUACCUCAUAGGAAGCAGAAUAUUGGCCAGAAAAAUCUAAUUGGUGCAUCUCUAAAAAAGGAAUCUUUUUUCUCUAAAUAGAGAUAAUACAUAAGAAUUACAGAAAAUAUCAGUAGAGAUUAUUAUUAUUUUUUAUUUUAUUUUAUUUUUUUUUACCACUAAUCAUACAAUGCUUUUCAUAAUUUUCUCAGUUUAAGAUGUGUUCUUUCUCCUUUCUGUGUCAUGGCGCACCCAGACCAGGCAGCCCUGAGGAGAUAGCCAUAUCUCAAAAACCGCCACUGGAAGUGAAAGAGCAAAAUAUUUUAAUUUUCUUUUGUAACUAACACACAAAGGUAGGCCUUGCUUAUAUGAUUAUGGUCGUCUCACAGCCUUUAAAUAAAUGUGCGUGUUCUCUUCAUUAUAUGCCAAUGCAUCAGUGCAGCUAUUAUAGUUUAAAAUAGCAAUAUAAAUCAUUUUUUGUAGCUAAACAAAGGCUAUAAUGCUGCCUUUUGAGUCACAGAAACAACUCUGUAGCAUAAAGACAAUGAAGACAACCAUUUCUGCGCAAUCUUUAGACUUUUACAUGCAGGUUGUUGGAUGUUCUUGGUAAAUCUUUCUCUAUUUACAUUUUUAUUGCAUAUCCAUAUAUCAUAAAAAGAAGGGAACUCCGUCAGUGACUGUAUUACAAAUCUCUUAUCGUUGUUGAAAGGACUUCAUAUGUGUAUUUAUAUAGAUUAUAUUGAGAAAAAAAUCUAUCCAAUGACCAGUGUUGCUUUAGAAUAGAUAUCUGAGGUGUUUACACUGCUUGUUUAUCUUGCAAUAACUUCUUUUUGUUUCCUUUUUUGUUUGUUUUUCUUUGUGAAUGAAAAAAAAAAGUUUAUGGGGCCUUUUUUUGCAUGAAAGCUGCAAUUUGUUGUACUUUGGGCAAAAACAACUGUGUUUAUUAACUUUGGUCUUUAUCGACAAAAAAAAAAGUAUGAUCGAGUUUCAGACUGUAUCCAUACCAAAUUGUGGACUUUUUUGCCUUUUUUUCAAUGUGUUUUUUUUUUUCCUUUUGUUGUGCAUCUGCAAAAAGUGUGUGUGAAUAAAAAAAAAAGAAAGAAAAAUCCACCAAACAGAAACACACUUUGCCUUAAAAAGUUCGAGUUGGAACUUUUUUUCCUGAAACAGAACUGUGCCGAAUCAGAGAAGCAGUGUUACUUCAAAUGCAGACUUACUCAAGUUUUAAUGCCUUUAUGAGAACUGCUGGUACGACAUUAUGAAUUUACUCAUCAGCGUAUAUCUAUCUAUAUAUGAACAUGUUUAAAUGAAAUUACAACACAGAGUUGUAGAAUACAAUGCUAUUUUUUAUUUUAUGUUGGAAGUAUUCUUUGGUAUAAAUGUACAUAAUUUGUAUCAUGUAUUAAUUGUGUAAUUAACUGCCUCCUGAAAAGCCGCAAAAGAGUAAAUAAAACCUUGGAGAUUAUACAUGAGUAGGUUUCUGGCUCUUUUUGUAGUCAGCUAGUGAACAUACAUACAUAAAACCUUUAUUAUGUUGGUUUACUCAAAAAAAAA